UUCGACACUAACCAAUGUUUAUCUAAUCACGCCACUUCCUCUGGCACCUGGCUCAAAAGAUUAAAGCCUUAUCUUGCCUUGGAUCAAUUCGAUGGAUACGCACAAGCGAACCUAGGAGGCGUAGAUGGGACGAGAUUGAGGUUAGGUUGUUACUUGAGCUCCAAGUGAAAGAUUUUCUGACGGGGAUUAACCGCUUGCAGUCACCUCCGGUGCAUUUCAUUAUUUUUUUACUGACUUCCCAGCAAAUGGAGUUUGAAUGGGUUCUCCACGAGGAAGUGCAUUCCUCGCUGUCCCAGCUGCGCAACAUUCUAAUGGAAUGUGCGCAGAGGUUCCCGCUGGCCUUAUUCGGGAACGAUCAACAGAACAAGACGGACAGAUUUGUGUUUACGGCUCCUCACGAUCAAGUCAAAUGUGUGGUUGUACUUACAGGUGACAGCAUUACGAAUGCGGAAGUCAACUUCAAAGUUCAGCGCCAGCAGAAUGCCAGUAUGCGAACAAGUAUUCAAAACGAUCAUCCUUGGAAGUUGCAACAGAUCCAAGAUGCUGCGAAUCAUCUGCAACAAGCCAUAGCUCACAUAGACAACGUAGAUCGUCACUAUCUCUUCAAGACAUCGGAGGAGGUAAUGCACGUGUUGGGGAACAUCCUCGGUUGUCUUCAACGGAGCCGGACAAGUCUAAUUGUUCCCAGGAAGAAAACCAUAGACGAUCUCAUGAAAAGUCGCAACAUGAAAUCGUUAAAUCCGAACUUACCGGAGAACUUGGCCAUCAGUUUUUACAUCCAAAGUUACAAACUUGUGCUCGCCGUGUAUCAACUGGAGAAUGCACACGGUAAUGUCAAGCAUGAGACGCACCAGGCAGAAUGUAGCGUGCCUUGGCUGAAUGACGCCUUAGUCCUCCUCACCAUCGCGUUGCAGCUAUGUCAGAGGCUCAAGGACAAGAUCUGCGUAUUCUCGCAGUACAAAGACUUUACAGUGGGAUCGCGCGUGCCCUCGGCAUUAGAUUUAUAGACAUAAGCUCCGAUGUCUUCGAUUCGCCCACCACUGAAGCGAACUUGAGGAUUUGUCAUCUUUGUGCAUAAUUGGGAUUUUCAUAGUCCGCUCGGCUCCGAUUUGCCCUUCACUUUUGUUUUUACUUUGGCUGAGGAUCACUCCGACGUUUCAUACUUCUCUCGGAUGAAAUAGUUUUCAUCCGAGAUCAUGGCAGGUGCUACUGUAAUAUAUAUAUAUACUUACUCUUCCAGUAUUCCAGAUUUCAUAAGGUGGAGGCAAACUUCGAAGCCGAACAUAACGAAUCCCAUUGUUGAGUGAUUUAUAACGAUAGGAAUGGUCUGAAGAGGGUGGAAAUCAAUUGGAAACUAUGCCAAUUGUUUGUCUAAUUGGACUUAAAAAUCAAAUGGUCAUCUUUUGAAGAUACCUAGACAUAAAGAAGCUUAAAAAGAAAUUAUUACAUCUAACUGGCAUGAUUUCCAAAUGAAUCUCGGCUAGUAGAGUCCCAUUCUCCGAGGUUAAAGUACGCCAAUUAUUUAUGUGCCUAGUUGGACGCUUCAUUCAUCCGCAGUAUUUGCAAUGUUUACAUAAGUAACGAUUAAGUAACACAUUUUAGAUAUCGAGGGCUUAGAGUCGGGUGGGCACUGUACAUAAUAUAAAAUACUGAAAUAUGUAAUCGAAGUAGUUGCUUCGAAUGCCGUGCUCUAAAAUAAUUUCUUACGUAGCCGAACGUUUCCUUAACGGUAUUUAUAUGUCACGAUAUUUUAAAUAGGGACACUGUAGAGCAUAGCAUUACAAGUAACAAUUCCUAGGAAAUAUUCGUAAACUAACCCGAGUCCUGUUGCAAAUAGUCUCCACUCCAUGUUAAGGUGUAACUGGUUUGCAUAAAUCUUGAUACGUGUGCCCUUCUGACUCUAGACUCUGCGAAAAGGUUGGAACGUUAAGUUAUUGUUAAUAGUCGAAUUUACCAUUGGUUAAUAUCGGUUAUGGAUAACAUUCGUGGUGUUACGUCGACGAAUCUGGCAAUUCCUGGAGGAGAGCCUCGACGUAAAACGCGAGAACAACCGGAAAAAUAUGAGAAUGUAAUCGUAGUCUCCUAAGCCACGGUGAUUCUGUAAAUAGCGUUCAUUGAUUUGUUAUCGUUGUCGUCGUCGUUGUCACUUUUAUUGACUGCCACCUGACUUUCGCGUGUGUACAAACGGAUUUCGACUUUACUCGGCCAAGUUGCGAAGGGAGGGCUGGUUGGCAACCCUGACGAGCGUUUCGACCAAUCAGGAGCUUCGGGCCAUGACGUCAUAGGACUCUGAUUGGUCGGCAUGGAAUUGAGUGCAAGGCUGACCAACUGAUUUUUCCUCGUCAGCGAUUAAAGUCUGUCCUAUAACAUGUACGUACACUCGCCUUGAGUCGUAUUCGAGCUGUCAAGCUUACAGCGUUUAUUUAUUGAGUUGACAACUUUCAGAUGUAGAAAGCAAAGGAAAGGAGAAAUUAAGAACCGAAACCGCUUUCCUCGUGAAUCGUUUUUAAGAUCGAAGGUGGUUUUGCCAGUUAAUUCAGUGCUGGAAGGAAAAUGAAAAAUUAGUGGGGAAAUGAGGUUGUGUAACGAAUUGUUUACAUCAAAACUGUGUAAUUGUGACAAACGAUUUGUCGAAGAAGAAAAAAAAGAAGAACGGAAGACUAACAUACGUAUGGAUCGGGGUUAAAACUCUUGAUACGUUUUCAUUGUAUGCCCUUAAGGGAAGAAUAAGGGUCUUCUCGCGAGCCGAUACAAAGCUGUAUUUGGAUUAAGAGUUAAUAAAAGCUCCCUUUGCAAUAGAGGAUGCAAACCAUUGGUUCAGAGCCAAGGGAGGAAAAUGACAAUAUUAUCUUUGGGACUUCCUCGAUUUUUCUCAAAGAUUCUUCUCAAAGCUGGGUGCGGGUACUGUUUUAUUCACUCGUUAUUAUAAAUUCAUGUUCUGUGAGCUGUGUUAAUCGGAGUGAAGAAUUUCUCUAAAUUAGUGGAUAAAACAGUGCUUUGAUGUCGCUUUGAAAAUUGAAUACGGCUUUGCUUUCUGCGAGCCAGAACUUACCAAUUUGCGUGCCUGUUUCAAAAUACGCUGUUUCUCGUUAUGAGAAGAAGAAUAUACUGGAUUCGUACUUCUGCAUGGAUGUAUACAUUUAUCUGUGUACACGUAGAAUUGCGUCGCCCCUGUUUCGAAGCAAUAACUCGUACACGUGUACGCGUAUACGUAUAACAAAAAUAAAUCUGUUCACAAGUUA